AGUGCAGUGUUAUCGAGUGUUCACUGUACUUGUAACUGUAAGUUUUUUUUGAUUCCGCCUCCUCAUCUGAUGCCAAUUUAAUAUGGCGCUAGCAAAACAGAAAUGUUUCAAUGUUCGUCGAGAUGAGUGUGUGUGACAGUCCCAAUAAAAAUUCGAAGCUGGACAAGAAGUCCCUGACGCCCUUCAAAAAGGUGCGGCGCAAAAACUGGAAACAGGAGGCGGCCUACAAGAGUGAUACGAGCAAGGGGCAGGAGGUGUCCUAUGUCGGCGAAAGGUUCAUACCCAACCGAUUUGAGCGGGAGAACAUCGAGUUCAACCUGAAGUACAUUGGCAAGCGGAAAGAGCGAGAUAUCCUCGAAACGGGUGUGACUUUGACCGCCAGCUACUGGCGACAGAGCGGCUUCAUAUCGAACAUGAACCGAACCUUUGGCAUCGGAGAGCGCCGUCUGUUUCAGUUUAGCAGCAAGCAGGGCACGAGAUCCAGGGUGGUCGAUAACGACUCCGCCGACUCGGACUGGCCAUGUAAUCCACGGGCGCGACCAUACGCCAUUCAGAAUGCCACCCAUGAGAUGCCUGGAAUAUGCAGUCCCGUCGACUACAACAUGAUGGACUGGUCGUCCGGCGGCAUGGUGGCCAUGUCAUCCGGUCAGGACGUCAUGCUGUGGCGCAAUCUGGACGAGAGCACCAUGGUCUUCAGCGUCGAGUCGCCCACUUCCCUCAAGUACUCGCCGGAUGGCAAGCACCUGGCCAUCGGCUGCAUGGAUAGAAACUAUCCAGUUUUGGACCUCUGGGAGGUGAGGUCGCCUACGGAGUUCCUGGUCUCCUAUCGCAAGCUGUUCUUCAAGUCCAUGGGCUACAUAAGUUGCAUUGAGUGGUCCCACGACGGCAAGGAGGUCAUCUGCGGCACUCAGUGCGGCGUCAUCAUUGUGCUGGCCAUGCCCACGCUAAAUACCCUCAUACAGUUGCGCGAGCAUCGACACACGGUGAAGAAAAUGAAAUUUGCUCCGACCAAUAAGUAUUUCGCAUCCAGUGAUACGGAUGGCAAAAUUUUUAUCUUCGAUGCGGUGCUAAAGGUUCGCCUGCUCAAGCUGGACGGCAGGUCCAUAGUCUUUGACUGGCAUCCGUGGACUGGAGAGGAUUUAGCCGUUGCGGAGCGGAGCCCUGCCUCGAUCUUCAUCUUCAACAUCCCGCGCCGACAAUUUGUGGCUUCGUACAGGCGCAGGGACGACAGAAUCGUCAUAAAGACACUAACAUUCAGCAAAAUCACGGGCGAGUUGCUGGUCAACGUUAUUCGGCGUGAUGAUGCGGACCUUGCAGUGUGCGAAAUUCUGGUCCUGGCCUCCUUAAACCGCGUGGUUGACUUGAUGUCCCAUCAGGAUCGCGGCACCCUCUUCCUUAUGUGGAAUCCGGAUGGAACGAAAAUUGCCACCGGCGGACUGGACGACACCUUUUCGCUGUGGAACUUCUUUCCAAGCCACAAGCGCGAGGCUAUAUUGAGGAAACAGGAGCAGAAGGCCAAGGACAAGUGCAGCUCCCUGAGCCUUUAUAAAGGCAUACGGUGAACAGAGCAGUGAUUUUUAAGUG